GGCAUGAAGAGGCAAGUUUCUCUACAGACUGCAGUCCAAACAUAAGUGACAUGUGGGAGUUCCCGAGGACCCGUUAUGUGGACUGUAACGGCUCAGAGGCGAGUGAGGAGACGGAGAUUGCUGUGAAUAUUGGUGGUGUCAAGCACAUUCUCUACGGGGACGUGCUGAAGCAAUAUCCCGAGUCGCGUUUGGCAGAGCUGGUAAACCGAGCCAUGGAUUCCACACAAGAAGAUCUCUGUGCGCUCUGUGAUGACUAUGACGACUCAAAGCGAGAGUUUUAUUUCGACAGAGACCCAGAGGCCUUCAAAUGCAUCCUAGAGCUGUAUAACCAUGGAGAGAUUCAUAUUAAGCGAGGAAUCUGUCCCAUGCGCUUCAUGAGAGAGAUGGACUUUUGGGGGAUUGACGCGGAGUAUCUGGACGAAUGCUGUAUAAGUAGUUUAAAUGAGGUGCAAAUUGAGCUUGAGGAAAUAGCAGAGAAGGUCAAGAACAUCCUGGAUGACCUGGAGGAUGAUGCAACGCUCACUAGAGCCCAGAGGUGCCAAGUAUUCCUCCUGAAGCUCAUGGAUAAACCAGAGUCAUCUUUAGCUGCCCGCAUAAUUGCAGUGGCAUCGUUUGCGUUUAUCCUGCUCUCCUCUGUGGUCUUGUGCAUUGGCACCAUCCCAGAGCUCCAAGUGAAAGAUGGAAAGGGUAACCUCAUGGAACACCCAAUCCUUGAGUCCAUCGAGACGGCUUGCAUCAUCUGGUUCACCUUGGAAUACAUUUUGCGCUUUGUGUCCUCUUCAAACAAAUUGUGCUUUGUGUUUUCCUUCAUGAACAUAGUAGACUUUCUAGCCAUCGUGCCAUUUUACGUAGUGCUGAUUCUGGGUGCUGCUGAGAUGGAGCUGGCCAGUGUGCAACAGGCAGUGCAGGCGUUGCGCAUUUUGCGCAUUGCACGCAUUUUCAAACUCGUGCGCCACUCAUCAGGUCUGCAAGCUCUCGCCGUAGCGCUCAAAAAGAGCAUGAAACAGCUGAGUCUGAUGUUCACGUAUAUGAGCGUGGGAAUUUUCUUGUUCUCUGCACUGGAGUACACAAUGGAGGAGAGCCACCCAGAGACUAUGUUCACCAGCAUCCCACAGUCCUUCUGGUGGGCUAUCAUUGCCAUGACCACUGUGGGCUAUGGAGACAUCUAUCCUAAAACAACGCUGGGCAAGUGUAACGCUGCUGCAAGUUUCCUAUGUGGCAUUGUAGCUAUCGCAUUACCAGUUCAUCUGAUCAUUAAUAACUUCGUCAUUGUUUACAAUAAGCAGCGUGCGCUUGAAAAAACUGCAAAGCAUGAGAUCGAACUCAUGGCGUUACGUGUGAAAGAGGAAGCUCAGGAGCGUCCGGAAGCUGCAAAAAUGCCAUCACAGGCAUCGGUUGUCAACAGCUCGGUGUGGGAUAGUGCUGGUGCGUCCACAUAAUG